UAGAUGAUUCUCGAAAAUUCGAGUUAUUUAUAACUUUCGCGACAUUACAAAUCGAGCCCCAUACAAUGCUCAUAUAAUAUUAUUUUCAGUCACAUAAGAAUUUCUACAAAACGAAAUGUUUUGCUAACUGUCAAAUGGCGCUGGUUAAGGUCAACCUCAUUUACUAAAUAGUAAAAAGAAAACAACCCGUUCUUAUAAAAAAUUCUUAUAUCCACGAAAAAUGUGCUUCGACUAAGUGCUUAAUUAGGUUAAAAAAGUCACAAAUUAAAAAUGAGCAAGCAUAUGUAUUCCACCGCUAACCUGAGCGAUAAAGAGCUGAAGGAGCAGGGUAAUAGGCUUUUCAGUUUGAGAAAGUACGAGGAUGCAGUGAAUUGCUACAGUAAAGCCAUCAUUAAAAAUCCUGAUGUAGCUCAUUACUUUACUAACAGAGCAUUGUGCCAUUUAAAAUUGUUACGAUGGGAGCAGGCCUGCAAUGAUUGUAGACGUGCCCUUGAUAUGGACCCCAAUUUGGUAAAAGGACAUUUUUUUCUUGGGCAGGCUUUACUUGAACUUGAAAACUAUGAUGAGGCUAUAAAGCAUCUACAAAGAGCUGCUGACCUGGCAAAGGAGCAAAAAUUAAAUUUUGGUGAUGACAUUGCCUCUCAACUGAGAACAGCAAAGAAGAAAAGAUUUGCAAUACAAGAAGAGAAAAGGAUAGCGCAAGAAAUUGAACUUCAAAGUUACUUGAAUAGGUUGAUAACUGAAGAUAAGGAAGCACAGAUUGAGAAAAUUAAGUCACUAGAAGGGGAUGUGGAUUCCAAGUCGGAGAAGAUACAGGAAAUUGAAGAAAAAUGUGAAUCCUACCUGAAUGAAUUGAAUUCAUUGUUUAUGAAGAUUGAUGAUAGACGAAGGAAAAGGGAGGUACCUGAUUAUUUAUGUGGUAAAAUUAGUUUUGAAAUUUUACAAGAGCCAGUGAUAACCCCUAGUGGAAUUACAUAUGAUAAAAAGGAUUUGGAAGAACACUUACAGAGGGUGGGUCACUUUGAUCCAGUUACAAGAGUGAAAUUAACCCAGGAUCAGCUUAUACCAAAUUUUGCUAUGAAGGAAGUUGUGGACGCAUUUUUGCAAGAAAAUGAAUGGGCACUUGAAUACUAACCAGCCUUUUUUACCGUACUAUACACUGUUAUUUAAGCACUAUUUAUAAUAAACUCAUUUAAGUUAUA